AUAACCCCCUUUUUAAAAGCUUCAUUCUAUAACUCUUUUAAACGAGUAAAAGAGAUUUCACGAACAAAGAACGAGGGCUAUGUGGCUAUAGAUGGACCUAUAUGGUUUUUGGGCCUCUUUUAGCAGAAUCCCCAUUACCUGAAAAUUUUACUUAAGGACAAGCCUAUUUUGACAAAGUAGAAAGUACACAUAUUUGUUUUCAGAUGUAGAGAGUAAAAGUAAAAAGUUGGCAGAAAAAUACGUAAAUACUUAAGUACAGUACUGGUAUGUUAAAAACCUUCUUCAGUAAAGAGCCUAUUUUUAAAAAAAUAUAUAUAUAAAGAACAAAUAUUUGUUUUCAUAUAGUAUUUCAACUUCAUUACUUCCCACCACUGUCCGUGCUGCGUCAAUGAGCACUGAAUAAGACAUGAACACAUUAGUUAUCUGAAUUCCACUUACCAUACUGUACACUUUUAUUUUUCAAACGACGAGUCAUCCCUGCCUGGGGGAGGCGACCAUUUUGAGGAAGGGCAAACACGAAGGAAAAUAAAGCCGAAGAAGAGAAGGCGGAAGCCUGCUAUAGCGCAGUGAUUUCGACCAGAUGACAUCGAACCCAAAUGUCCAUUGGGCGCCACUGCCAAGGACGGAGCUCCUUGUCUACUGGCUGCUGUCCUUUGGCUCCCAUUUGUACUCUUUUUAUGAACUUCACAGGUUCUCAAAAGAGCAUGAAGCGGGAUUGGUUAGACAAUUUCAACUGGAAAGAGGCCUCUUUCAGGGGUUCAAAAGGGAUGCAUCGGACUUUGAGUGGACCUUCUGGACCGAGUGGGCUCGGAAGUCCUUGCUGUGGACUCUGAUCGGACACGCUGUCGUAUCCAGAUUGUGCAGCGUCUUUUACCCACAGUUUCAGGUGGCGGCGCUCACGGUUUACGGCCUCUUGGCAGCCAGCAGCGUUUUGGGACUCAGAGGUGUCGCCGUGCUGCUUCUCCAUGUGGCUUUGUCCUUCUCCGUGGCCCAGCUCAGGAGGCCCGCUCUGUGCUGGACCUGCAACCUUUUGCUUCUCUGCACCCUUCACGUCCCACCGCUUCAGGACAUCCAGAGAGGCUGGUACGAGCGUGACGAGGAGUACUACCUGCUGCUCUUCAGCGUGGCAGUGGGCACUCUUCGGCUCCUCAGCUUCAGCCUGGAGCGUUGUGGGGGCCCCGAAGUCCACACGGGUAGUUUCCUGCAGCUAUGCUGGCUGUUGUCGUACACGUUCUACCAUCCCUUCUUCUAUAACGGCCCUGUCAUCACGUAUAACGACUACGUGGAGCAGAUGCAGACGCCCGCGGAGGACGGCGACCGGCACAAACCGGGCGCUCGCUACCUGUUGCUUCGGUCGGCACGGAUCCUGAUGUGGUGGUGCAUCGCGGAAUAUAUGAUCCAUGCCAUGUACAUGCACGCCAUCCAGUCCAACGAGACCUACCUGGAGAUUCUGCCAACGUGGGCCUUAGGUGGCCUGGCUCUGGCCCUGGUGCAGUUCUUCUUCGUCAAGUAUCUGGUCCUGUUCGGCCUUCCGUCCACGUUGGCCACGUUGGACCGGCUGGUUCCGCCCGGUCUGCCUCGCUGCGUCAGCAUCAUGUACAGCUUCACCGGCAUGUGGCGGCAUUUUGACAAGGGCCUGUAUCGAUGGCUGCUCAGAUACGUCUACGUGCCUCUGGGAGGUUCGCAUCACGGAGUGCUGUACAAAAUGUUAUCCACGGCGCUGGCGUUUGGCUUCGUCUGCCUUUGGCACGGCGGCCACGACUACCUUCAGUGCUGGGCCCUGAUGAAUUGGCUGGGCGUUCUGGUGGAAACCGGCCUCAAGGCUCUCUUUGGCUCAGCGCUCCUUCGCUCCUUUCUUGAGCGGCAUUCCUCUGCGGCAACCAGAAGGCGCUGCGCCGCGCUGCUCUCCGCCUUCUCCACGGCCAUGCUCAUCCUCUCUAAUCUGAUCUUCCUCGGGGGGAUUCACGUCGGCAGGAUCUUCUGGAAGCGCGUCUUCCUUCAAGGCUGGUCCACAGUGGCGCCGCCCAUGCUGGCCUUCCUCUACUGCUUCGCCCAGGUGGGACUGGAGUGGGCCCCGCACCCGCCGUGAGUCACCUUGACUUUGCAACGCAGCAAAGAAAAGACAAAGCGAAGGCGGCACGCCGUCCGCGCCAGAACCGCGCUCGGAAUCUGGCCGGCCGCCACGGAACCUGCUCGGAAUGCUGGCUGAAGUGAAGCGCUACGCAGCGACUCGCAGAGGGGGGCUGCUCUGUGUUCAGUGAAGGCUAGCACCACACACUGGAAAAUGCAUAGUCCACAUUUUAAAUUGGCAAUGCGAACAUUUUUUAAUCCCCGCCUCGUCGCAGUUCAUGUUUUGAGUAGAUUGUAAAAAUAUGGAAGACAUGUUUUUCACACAAAGUUAUACUUAAAACACAGAUAUGAAAUAAAAAGCAUGUCGCUAAAUUAUCUUUUUUUGUUGUUGUUUUGGGUUAGAAAUGGAUCACAUUUGGAGACACUGUAAUUCUUCUGUCACGUCCUAAAAUGAUGCCAAAGUCCUGGCUAAAUAGGAAAGCGGUAAUCGGUGUCAAGGAAGUACGUUUAAGUGAUACAUCGUGAAUGAGAGAUUAAGAUCUUUUUAUGUCAGGGAGGAGCUAAGUUUAGCCUGGGUUGUUAGCGGGAGUUAUGGAGAGUCUUCGCCACGUGUCCAUUUUUUGCUCUACUCGGUGACUAUUAGGAGUUGAACUAACUAGUCAAUGACGUCAACUCUCAUCACGUAAGUGUCGACUAAAAAACAUUUGAAGUCGUUCAACGCCUACUGGCUAUUAAAUUUUUUUUUUUUUUAAUUCACAAAUUCCAAAUGAUAGUGUUUAGGGAUCAUAGUUUGUGGUGUAGUUACAGUUUAAACUAUCAAUAUAGGCAAUUGUAAACAUUUCUGGGUUGCGUCAAUUACGUUUUUUCACCAUUGGCGACAGGGUUCGAUGCCUCGCGCGCCCAAAUAGCCGCCCGGGGUUUACUGAAAAACUAAUCUGACGCACUAAAAGCGCAGAAGGGCUGAUGGUCUUUGGCGACGGCAGCGUCGUCUUAACGAGCGUCGUUAUUGCCCCUCCACAUGUAAUUUGGCUGACGCUAAUAUCAUGAGAUGUAUUGCUGAGGAACUUCAGCCAGGCGGCCGCCGGCCGCUCUUGAAUGGAUGACAUUUAUCCUCUGAAAUGCAUACACUAAUUGCUUUGCAGCAGCAGUUGAGUGAGUCAAAAUGUUCCAUCCCAAAAUCACACUGAAAGUCAGCCAUUUAGCUAUUGUCAUGUUUGUCAAUGUGGAAAUAAUCUACCUCGAUGAUUGCACGCUACGUCUGUCGCACACAAUCUUCAACAGUGGCUGUACGGUCAACUCAUAAUAAAACAGAUUUUUGGAGCAUGUCA